AGACGCAUAAAAUCCUAUCCUGAGGAGUUUAUCGUUCAUACGUCGCCGUUUUACCGGUGAAAUAUUUUUUUUUGCACAUGAGAUGAAAACGGAAGAAAAAUGAGAGCACAGUGCACCACCAUCGUACUGUUUUACUACUGGUGCUUUACGACCGCGGUCCUGCGUCUGACGAGCGCCGCAAAAGCGCAUCACGAACGCGCACAGGACUACGCCGUCCAUCCUUGCCAGAGAGAAUGUCACGUAGGCGAACCGCCCAAAACGUGCGAGUACCGUUUCAAAGUGGAAUGGUACUACACAAUGAGCAAGGCGUGCUACGACUGUCCGUACAACAUUACCGAUUGUUACAGACCAGACUGUGUGCCGGCCGACGGCGUAGCGAAGCCCAUUAUCGUCAUCAAUAGAAGUCUGCCGGGACCUUCCAUACAAGUACAACGAUAUAUUGUGUACCAUAUAGGCUAGUAAAGUAAAGUCAUGUUAACGAAACAGCGAUGUAUUGACUUAACUUGUGUAGAAAUAUGAGACAAGUG